CAUGCGCACAUCUCCACCCUGCCGCUGGAGCCGGCGCUUCUGAGGACUCAACGGUCCACAAUGUCCGAGCUACCCGGAGAAAGCAUGAUCCCGGACCUGAGCCCCACGAACGGCGUCGGCGACGUCCUGCAGGCAGGAUUUGGCGGAGGCAAUGGGGUCCCCGGAGCCCAGGAAGACCCGCUGGCCAGAGCCGCCGGGCCCAUGGCGCGGGCCCCGGGCCUGGCUCCCGGGCAGUUCCCCGGCGUGGCGGGCCUGAUGGCGAUACCGCACGUCCACGCGCCGCUCCUCCUCCUCGAGCUGUACGAGCAGCGGAUGUUCCAACACUAUCUGCACACCAACCCCCUGAUCCCCACCAGGAUACUCCACGACAUCGAGGAACGCCGCCGGCUGUUCGUGGAGGGCUGCAGGGCUCGGGAGGCGGCCUUCGACGCCAACCCCCUGCAGUUGGACUCGGUCGCCCGCGCCUUCACGCUGGCGCUCGCUGCCCUCGAUGCCCGCGGCCCCACGGCUGACUGAGGGGCGGCCUUCGCCUAGAAUCCCCAGCCCUCAGGAGGGAGGAGGCGGAGGAUCGGGACUGCAGGGGCAUCCUCUGCCAUGUAGGGAGUUGGAGGCCAGCCUGGGUUACAGGAGACUCUUGUCUUUUAAAGAUAAAAAUAUUGGUGGCCAGGAAGUCAGGUGACUCUUAGGAUCAGGGGCAAAGGUCAUGAGGUGGGAAAUCCAAGCCAGAAUCCAGCCCUGGGCAGGGUGGAAUGAAGCAGGCCCAGAAAGAGAUGGGCACUUGAGGCUUGAGGCUGACCAGCAAAGAGGACUCUUCCGACCUCCACCUGGUGACUGUCAGCAAUCUCCCCCUCCCCUGCAUUUGUUGCAAAUCAGGGUUGCUUCCCUGUGAAGGACGAUGGUUUUGCAAAGAUGGAAGUCUAAGAAUUACCAAUGAAAAGGACCACAGAAAUGAACGGAGAUGCGGGAAGAGAGCAGGGAAAUGUGCCAAUGUCUCAUUAUUUCUUGGGUUUGAUGUUCUGUAGACAAGCUGUAAAUAUUCAGAUAGGGAAAAUCAUGUAUGUGUUGUGAGAUGAGUAUUUUUUCAAGACCUUGUGUGAUUGUAUCCAUGUGGAAAUAGAUGUUAAUAUUUAAAUGAUACAGA